CUCCACACCCCCUCCCUCACAAAGCCACGCCUCGGCCUCGCCUGCUUCGCUGCUCCGACCAGAGCACCGCGUCGCGCUCCAGCGCCAUGGCGAUGCGGCUCUUCUCGUCCUCGCCGCCUCCCCCGCCCCUCCCGGGCCCUGCCACCACCAAGGCCUCAUCCGCCGCCGCGCUCUUCUUCCUCCGCCUACGCCGCCGGAGGCCCGCUGCCGCGGCAGGGGGAGGGCCCGAGCGGGACGGGGAGGGCCCCUUCGACAGGAGAAUGGAGGAGAUUGCGAAGAAGGUCCCGCUCUUCGAGCCCGCCAUGGGCGAGCCCGCCGCCACGGCUGAGCGCCCGCUGCCCAUCAACCUCGAGCUCUGGCUCCACCGCGCCAAGGUGCACACCAGGAAGUACGAGUUCGCGGAAGCCGAGAAGCUCCUCAACAAGUGCAUGUUGUAUUGGCCUGAAGACGGGCGCCCAUACGUCGCGCUUGGGAAGCUAUAUAGCAAACAGUCGAGGUUUGACAAAGCUAGAGCGGCUUAUGAAAGGGGCUGCCAAGCCACACAGGGAGAAAAUCCAUACAUUUGGCAGUGCUGGGCAGUGCUAGAAAGCAAGGGUGGGAGUAUUCGAAGAGCACGAGAGCUAUUUGAUGCUGCUACUGUAGCUGAUGCAAAGCACAUUGCAGCUUGGCAUGGGUGGGCAAUUUUAGAAAUCAAACAAGGAAACAUAAAAAAGGCUCGGAACCUACUUGCAAAAGGUCUGAAAUAUUGUGGAGGAAAUGAGUACAUUUACCAGACUCUUGCUUUGCUUGAAGCUAGAGCAGAGCGCUUUGAACAAGCACGGACUUUAUUCCAGCAAGCUACUCAAUGCAAUCCAAAAAGUUGUGCAAGUUGGCUAUCUUGGGCUCAGGUAGAAAUGCGUGCAGAAAACAAUGUCAUUGCGAGGAAGCUCUUUGAGAAAGCUGUCCAGGCUAGUCCCAAGAACAGAUUUUCGUGGCAUGUUUGGGCACUCUUUGAGGCCAAUCAAGGUAACACUGACAAAGCAAGGAAGUUACUUAAGAUUGGCCAUGCUGUGAACCCUAGGGACCCUGUAAUUCUACAGUCACUUGCACUGCUGGAAUACAAUUGUGCAUCUCCAAAUGUUGCCCGUGUAUUAUUUAGAAAGGCAUCUCAGAUUGAUCCAAGGCACCAACCAGUUUGGAUAGCUUGGGGUUGGAUGGAGUGGAAAGAAGGAAAUGAGAGAACUGCAAGGUCACUCUAUCAAAGAGCCUUGUCAGUUAAUUCAACAAAUGAAUGUGCUGCUCGUUGUCUUCAGGCUUGGGGAGUCCUAGAACAGCGUGUGGGUAACUACACUGCUGCCAGAAGAUUGUUGAGGUCUUCGCUGAACAUCAAUUCUCAGAGUGAGGUGACAUGGCUGACAUGGGCGGCACUAGAGGAGGAACAGGGGGAUCCAGUUCGAGCUGAAGAAAUACGGGACCUUUAUUUUCAGCAGCGUAUCGAGGUCAUGGAUGAUGCCUCCUGGGUCAUGGGCUUCCUCGACAUCAUCGAUCCUGCUCUAGACAGCGUGAAGAAGCUCCUAAACAUGGACCGACCGUCCGGUCAAGUGAUGCAGCAAGGUAGGAACAGGGGGAUCACAGCUGAAGGUUCAAGUACUUCUGACCUCGACAGCGGCACGGCUGAAGGUUCAAGCACUCCCAACCUCGACAGCAUCGUGGACCGCCGUGCUGCAUACACUCGGGAGGCAGAGAGUGAUUUUGACGUGGACGGCUUCAUCAGGAGGAGGCUGGCCCUGGACCCGGCGGAGCUAGACGCUGUGCUAGAGGGCUCUGAUCCCGGAGUUAUUUCUCAGAGGAGGACGCGGCGGCUGACCAGGAAGCCUCUCCCUCUUCUUCCCGUCCCGUAGUUCCUUCUUCCGUCCAGCAUUAGCAGCAGUUGUUGCCAUGUCCACCGUGCACAGCCAUCCAGCGAUCACUGACAGGUACCGUGGCCUGAGGGACAGUAGUAAGUAGUACGUGCAUUUAUGUGUAUAUCUGUAAUAAGAAGAACCCCGAUGCUGACAUUAGCAGUCACUUGCCCAUUGUGUAUGUAGUUCUGUCAGAGGCUGCUCGAGAAGCAGUGUAGCUGUGUAUAGAAGCCCAUCAGUCUUGUGUGGUUA